AUGGUGGUCGCAUGGAUUUUUAACUCACUCAACAAGGAUUUACAAAACAACAUUUCCUUCUAUGAUGAAGCACAUGAGAUAUGGAAGGAUCUGGAAGAACGCUUCUUGCAAAGCAAUGUGCCACGCAUCCACGAGAUAAAGUGUGAGAUUUCUCUUGCGCAUCAAGAAGAUCUCUUUGUAUCAGCCUACUAUACUAAAGUAAAGAGGUUGUGGGAUGAACUUGGAACUUAUUCUAAAGUCCCACAAUGCACAUGUGGCGCUACAAAAGAGUUAGUGUCUAAACAUGAUACUAAAAAGUUGCAUCAAUUCCUCAUGGGUUUGAAUGAUAACUAUGGUAUGGAAAGAUUGCAGAUUCUGAACAUGGAACUGCUUCCGAAUUUGUCCAAAGCUUAUGCGUUGGUUGCUAAAGAAGAAAAACAAUUGAAAAUUGCUAACAGUUGA